GUGAACGUCUCUCUCUCUCUCUCUCUCUCUCUACUGUUUAACCUGAUGGCCAGCAGCGAUCAGUGAUACAGACGAACCGAACUGUAGCGGCUCCGUAGAGCAGUUAAGCCCACUGGAUCUGCUCUCUUCUCCCGUGUGAACCUUCCUGGAUCUACGGGGUAUGGUGUCACCUCCUGAAGCCGGACAAUCGGACGCUGAGGCCGGCGGCAGGCAGCGUUAGCUGACCGAGCUGCGGGCUUUGAAUUUCGGCCUCAUUGUCAGGAUUUUAUCGGGACUUUUUUGCCGGGUAUUCGGAGUAUUACUGGGGGAAUAGCCUGGCCGUGGACACUUCGGGAAGGUUCGGUUCUUAAUGCCCCGGAGGCUCCGAGAAGAGCAGACUGCGGAGCCCCGGAACAGGGCUCGGACACCGGGGGAGUGCGAAGAACGCUGUCUGAUUGACUCCGCCCACCAUGAACCCUCUAAACCAGAUGAAGGCUGGACUAGCCAACAACCCACACAGUGACGGCUCGUACCCCUACGACCCCUCCAGCUGGCAGCAGCCCACCAAUCAGCCCACAGGAUCGCUCUCCGUGGUCACAACUGUCUGGGGAGUCACCAACCCCUCGGCCAGCCAGGGUCUUGGUGGAGGCGUGAUGGGGCCCGGGGCCAACCCAGGCGGGGGUCCCAUGAUGCAGGGCCCCGGGGGGUCGGGCAUGGCCGGCGGGCCCGGAGGCUACAUGGGCCAGCAGGGCUAUGGAGAGCCCAGCAAAGGCUACAUGACCCAGGGCAUGUACGGCCGUACGGGCGGGGCCUACACAGGAGGACCGGGCGGGUACACAGGGAGCUAUCCGUCGAACCCCGGAGGCUCCCGAGGCUCCGCUGACUUCACUCAGGCUGCCGCUGCCGCCGCCGUUGCUGCUGCUGCCGCCACGGCAACCGCCACUGCUACAGCAACCGUCGCCGCCAUCCAGGAGAAACAAAACCAGGAGAUGAACUAUGGACAGAUGGGUGGUCCAGCCUACAAUAACCAGUUCAUGGCCCACUCCGGCCCCCGCGGCCCUCCUGGCAUGGCUCCUGGAGGUAUGGGCCCAGGUCCAGGCCCCGCCAGAGGUCCCCCUUCAAUGGGCCCCAUGUACGGACCAGGAGGGGGCCCGCAGAGGGUCCCCCAGCACCCAAACUACGGCCCUGGACCACAGCAGGGACACCUGAGGCCCCCGCAGGGCCUCAAACGACCAUACAGCUCAGAGUCCUUCCCGGGAAUGUCCCAGCAGUACGGCGUUCCCGUCGGUUCCAGUGUGAACGUCAUGCCGGGUCCCGGAGGUGGCGGUGGAUCCAUGCCUGGUUCAGCUGGAGGCGGUCACGGUGGCCCCUACUCGGGCCCCAACAUGCAGUACCACCCAGGUCCCGCUGGUCCAGGUCCCGCCCCGCCACGGUCUGGCUCCUCCCCCUCAUAUCAGAGCCAUAAAAUGCCCCUCCCACCUCAGUACCCCCCCUCUGGACCCCCCAGUUCGCAGUACUACAAGCAGGACCAGUUUAACGGGCAGGGCGGCUUAAACACUCUGACAGCAGGGGGCGCCGGAGGAGUGUACAACUCCUUCAACCAGCCAUCAGGGCCGGGGCGAGGGUUGCCAGGUUACCCCUCUUCUCCGGUUCCGGGAAACCCAACACCUCCCGUCACCCCCAGCAGCUCCAUGGCUCCGCCCUACAUGUCGCCUGGCAGCGGUGACGUCAAGCCGACACCUUCUCCCUUCCUGCCUGACAUCAAACCCAACAUAGCUGGCCUGGCCCCUCCCCCGCCGACAGGUAACCCUAGCGACGACCUGCGGCUGACCUUCCCAGUGAGAGAUGGCGUGGUCCUGGAGCCCUUCAGAUUAGAGCACAACCUGGCCGUCAGCAACCACGUCUUCCAGCUGAGAGAGUCCGUCUACAAAACACUCAUCAUGAGGUGUUGUGUGUGCGUGCGUGCGUGCGUGCGUGCGUGUGUGUGUGUUUGCAGUAAGACGGCUCUGUUGGAGGGUCUGGAGGUGGACCAGUACAUGCUGGGAAUCCUGAUCUACGUGCAGAACUCGGAGUAUGAGGAGAUCACCAUCGACCCGGUGUGCAGCUGGAAGCCCGUCCCCGUGAAGCCCGACCUCCACGUAAAGGAGGAGCCCGACGGCCCCGUGCUGAAGCGUUGCCGGACGCUCAGCCCCAGUCACAUGGUCAUGCCCAACGUCAUGGAGAUGAUCGCCUCGCUCGGCCCAACCCCUUCCUCCUCCUCGUCCUCCUCCACCUCGGCGGUUCCCCCCUCCUCUUCCUCCUCGUCCCCAAUGCCCUACCCCUCCUUGCCCGGGGGGGGCGGCGGCAGCAACAGCAGCACGACGCCUGAGUACCCCGGACCCGGAUCAGCUCCGUCCUUCCCCACGCUGUCGGCUCCGUUCUCCGACUUCAGCGGUCCGGGGACGCCCAGCAUCGGCGGCGACUUCUCCUCGCCCGGCCCCCCGCCCCUGUCCUACCAGUCGGAGCUCUCCAGCGCCCUCCUCACCGCUGACAAACCCCCCCCUCACCCGCUGGCUGGACAGAUGCCGGGCUCAGGCCGUAUGGACUCAACUUCCCAUGGUGCUCCUCUCCAGCAGCAGUCGCAGGGUCUCCAUGGCAACUCGCAAAUGGGGGGUGGCAACCAGAUGAUGCAGCGUAGCAACCAGAAUCCCCGUCUCCAAGGCGACGGCUCCUUUGGACUCGGGGGCCCGGCGGAUGUUCCGGAAACUUCUCUUGACUUGCUUCCUGAGUUGACCAACCCGGACGAGUUGCUGUCCUACCUCGGCCCUCCGGACCUGCCGAGCAACAACAACGACGACCUGCUGUCGCUGUUUGAGAACAACUGAAGCGCUCGCACGGCUCCGGGGUCGGCCACGCCGAGACGUCACGGCAACAUCCGAACUUUAUUUUUUAUCCUCGCCGCCAACAUGGCACCGUCUGCACAGGAAGGGGCGGACCGUGAGGAGGAAGGAAAACAAAAUGGCGACUUUUGAAUCUAAAAAAUCUUUUUGUGUGAUUAUGAACUCCAUGGUAACUUUAUUUUAUUGUUUUUAAUUGUGUUUCGAUGCUUCAUCCUUCAUUCCCUGUCAGUUCAAAGAGGCGCCACAGCGCUGCUUUCAUGUACCUGCCCCGCCCACAGCGAUGUCACCCAGUCGCUCUUCGUGUAACAGCACAACACUGACAUCUGAUUGGCUGUCAGUGUUUUGGCUCAGCCCGUGAUUCAGGUUAUUCCAGUGCGGCUGGCGUCCUUUGCGGUUCCAGCUGUUGGUGGGUGUGAAACCCGUGAAGGCAGCAGUGUGGCGCGUCACAGCCGGGAGUUUCGGUGCAAAGAUGGCUGCAGACGAGCUGUAAGCGGCGUCUUUUCCCACGGACACGCUUUCCUUUCUCACUGGAGAUGCUGAGGGGUCCACGCCCGGCCCCGGCGUGCAACACGGACCUCCUGAUGACCAAUCAGAGAGAGGCAACACAGGCGGCUGUAGCUGCUCAGCCUCCUCCCCUCAUGUUAUGAGGGUUUUUUGUAAGCAGGCUGGUUGACCUUUGACCUGGCUGCGGUCUGCACAUGUGGCUUACUCACAUCUGGGCUGAAGCUGCAGUGACACACGCUGGUUCAUCUUCAUCAUCAUCCUGUGUUGUUGUAUAGUGACUUAGAGUCCAACAGUUGUGGUGUCUCCAUGGAAACCUGUACACGAUGAUUCAGUAACGAUGCUCAUAACAUAAAGUUUGUAAUUUAAUAAACAGACACUGGAAAGACA